AUGCUUGUCAUUCUCAGCGCCUUCAACGACAAGCCCCAACCAUCAUGGAAGUACAUGUCAUUGAACUCACUUAUCUCCUGGCUGAGUACCCUAUCAAAGGGGUGUAUUUUAUUUGCAAUCAAUGAGACGCUGGGCCAGUUAAAGUGGGUUUGGUUUGCCCAGAAGACGCGGCCUGUACCGCAUCUCCGAAGCUUUGAUGAGGCAAGUCGAGGAUUCUGGGGGAGCGCACAGUUGAUUUGGGAAUUAAAGGGUCGGCAUUUUGCUGUUCUUGGUAGCAUUGCUGUGAUCCUUGGACUUGGAUUAGAUCCAUUUGCUCAAAAUCUGGUCAAUUACUAUCAAAAAAUGGUAGUGGAUUCGUCACAGACAGCGUUAGCCGCGAACAGUUCUCUGUAUAAUACAAUAGGUCCAUUAAUGAACAAUGACAGUAAAUAUUCUUUAGUUCUCUAUGUGGACCCUGUUCUAAAAGCAAAUGUAUAUAAUUCGAUUUUCAACCUUGACCAGCAGAAACCGUGGUCCAUUGCUCAGUAUAUCUGCAGCUCGAGUAACUGCACCUGGGGCCCUAUCGCAUCAUUAGAAUAUCAGGCCUCAUGUGCAGAUGUGACCGACAAACUCAAUAUCUCCACCACAACCGUAGAAUCAAAUACUAACGGGCUUAAAGGGAUGGAAAACAUCACGCUUAGUCUGUCAGACAAUAGCACAAUGGCGUGGUUCCUUUAUAAUUUUGGCUUCAGUUCGCCCGUCGUUGUUUCAUCCCCUCUUAAACCAUUGGUGUAUACGAAUACUUUAGCGAUUCAAUACAUCGCACCAACUGGGAUGACAAGCUUAGCUGGGUACUCAUUCGGGAUACCCAUUUUCAACGAAUCUACUACAUGGGUGGCAACCGAAUGCACUCUCUAUCCGAUAGUUCGCAGUUUCAAUGCCUCUGUUCAAAAUGGGAAAUAUAAGGAGACGACAAUUUCAACUUGGUCAAACAAAGGGCCGUACGAUUGGAAAGGUGGAUACACUCUCCAGCCACCAUGGGGCCCUGAAAUGGGUGUUCAGCCAAACCAGACAUUUGUUAUUGAAGAAACAGCCAUGGCGGCCAUUAACGACUUUCUAGUAAACCUCUUCAACGGAAGGGUGAUAGGUGACUGGGAAAGGCUCAUGUUUCAAACAGGUGGACUUCAAAUGUAUGCCGCUUCAGACGUCAUUCAAACCCUCACGAUGGGAAAUAUCACAGGGUGCAACAGUUACGAGACCGCAGAGAAACUGAACUGCAGCAUGAGCAAUGUUGCCACCGCAAUUUCUAAGACUCUCCGGGAUUCGGCAUAUGUUUCAGCAGGUUCAAAUUCCAGGAAUGCAAGCAUGGCGUCUGGAAAGGCCAUGUCGGCUGUAACCUAUGUCACUGUGCAUUGGGAAUGGGUCUCUCUUUCAAUUGUGGUCUGGGUUCUCGGAGCUGCCAUGCUAGUUGGCACUAUAUUGAAGACCCAACAAGCACACGCGCCGAAGUGGAAAAACGAUCCGAUGCCUUUACUGUUUCUUUAUCGCGGGCAACUGGCCGAAAAGGACAUAUUUACAGGCCCACGUCAGCUGAAAUUGAAGCUAUACGGGAAUCAUGAUGGUACCGCUGCUGGGAGCGGAGAUACAUUGAGAGGUCGAACAUACACUUUCAACGAAUAA